AUGGAGCCUUUUCGGCACAGACCUUCACUGAAAUGCCUCGCGGCACUGGCAGUGACUAUUCCCAGUGCCGUUGGCUUUCAGCACUCUCAGCAGCGACAUUUGACGACGCAGGACUAUGCCAGCCUCGGCUUAUCACCGUGGCAAAGUCUUUUCGAUGCACCGAAAGCUGAUAGUAUCCGCCAAUGCAGCCGCUAUUAUACCAACAAUUCCCACUUUGCGAGCCAGGGUCGUCGUCAGGCAGAGUGGACCCAAGCCCGAUGGGAAGAGUUUGGGAUUCCACAAACGCAAUUAGACCCUCAUGAAGUCGAAGUAGACUUUCCUGAUGGCCAAGAGCUGACUCUCCUUGAUAUUGGCAACAAAGAUAAGGUUGUAUUGCACGAAACAAGUUUGAUAGAGGAUAAUAUCCCGGGCCCGGGAGAGGACGAGCCGCCCUUCUUGCCAGCCAUUUUAGGAGGUACUCUGGCGGGAAAUGUCACGGCACAAUAUGUCUAUGUUAAUUUUGGUCUGCCGCAAGACUAUGAAGAUUUGGCGCGCGUUAAUGUUAGCGUUAGGGGAAAGAUCAUCAUUACGAAGACCGUCUUCGGAUCAUCUUUCCUGGAGCGUUUCAACGUGUCAGUCAAUCGGGUGGUUCAGAUGCGUGCUGCAUUUGAUAUGGGAGCAGUAGGGUUUAUCCAAUACACAGACCCUCAACUCGAUGGAAAUAUUACCGAGGCAAAUGGAUAUUUGCCAUUUCCAGAUGGACCAGCUCGUCCUCCAAGUAUGAUAGAGAGAGGAUCUGCAGGCGUUGGAGAUGGACACUCCAUUCCGGCAAUACCCAUCUCUUACGCAGAUGCUAUUCCCAUAUUGAGGGCACUCAAUGGACAUGGUCCAGUGGCCGACAACCUUGGCGACCGAUGGAAAGGUGGAGGUCUGGAGGCCUACGGCGUCCAAUAUAAUGUUGGCCCCUCGCCUCCAAACAUUGCUCUCAACCUGUACACCAACCGAAAGUAUGUUAAAAGGACCGUUCACAACACUAUCGGCAAGAUACCCGGUCGAGAGUUCCCCAAUGAAGUUAUUAUCCUAGGGGGGCACCGCGAUGCUUGGGGGCCCGGUGCUGGCGAUGCAGUCAGUGGAAUUUGCGCGCUGUCUGAAAUCGCCCGAAUCCUCGGAGCCGCUUUACGCAGAGGGUGGGCACCACGCAGGACCAUCAUGUUGGCAAGCUGGGAAGGAGAGGAGAUCGGCACAGUAGGUUCACGGGGAUGGCUGAAAGACAAUAUAUCCUGGUUGAAUUCCAGCCUUGUCGGAUACCUGAACGUAGUUGUUGCAGGAGCAGGCUCUAAAUUUCACGCCUUGGGAAGUCCCCUCAUGACGAACGUCUUGCGCCUUGCUUCUGAGGAUGUGCCUCCUCCAGGGAACAAUGUCAACUAUUGGAACGGGGCUAUUGGUAUGGGUUCAGGAGGGGAUGCAAACCCCUUCCAAAAUAACUACUGCUUUUCGACGUUGGAUUUUGGCCUCACCAAUGCGCCGGGAGAGCCGGUGUUUCCAUAUCAUUCGUUGUUUGACUCGGAGGACUGGAUAGACAGAUUUGGGGACCCAGACAGAGAAUACAGUAUAUUUACUACCAAACUCUGGCUGUCGCUGGCGACUACACUCUCGGAGCCCUUAUUACUCCCCUUCCUGGCUGCUGACUAUGGCGUUUCCUUGAAGGAGAUGGCGGAUGAGCUCAGAUCAAAAGCCCCGUCUACAAUUGACCUGGAUUUCAGUCCCCUAUAUACUGCCCUUGAAGACUUUCAUCAGGGAUGUGUAGCACAUGACGCAUACGGUCAGUCCUUGGUGCAGUCCAGCCAAGGGCUAGCGAAGAAAUCAGUCCUGAACGAUAUCAAGGAAGUUAAUCGCAAGUAUAUUACUCUUGAGCGGUUCUUCGCGGACCCCGACAAGACGUUGGGGUCGCGCGCUGUCAAUUUAAUACUUCCUGGCGGAUCGUAUUACAUCCACUCUCUUGGCUUCCCCCAACUCAGGGACCAAAUUGGGAUCGGUAAUUGGUCCGGUGCUGAGGAACAAAUGAACAAGAUUAUAGGUCAGAUUGAAAAGGCUACAGGCUUCCUCAAACCUGGUGCAUAG